AUGUUUUCAUCAAAUAAUCGUUCUACACAACUGACUUGUGGGUUUAAGGUGAACACCAACUCCUCUGAGUGGUAUAAGAGCAUCACAAGGAUUCUAAAGAAGGUCAAAGGAGGGGAUUUUUUGUUAGACGCGGACGAAGGAAGAGCAUACAUUUCGGGUUUAGGAGAUCCACAUAAACUACUAAAACUAAUGGGUUCGGUAAAAGGCAAGGCAGCUGAAAUGACGUUUGUGAAAACCGGUGGACAUCAUCAUCAUCAUCAGCAUCAUUAUCCACAUGAACCUAAUCUUCAUUACAACUCCGACUCCUAUUACGGCCAGCCACCAUCUUACAACAGUUAUUGGCCGAGUGAUAAUUGUUACUCUCGCCAGCAUCCGCCUUAUUAUUCUCAGUCACUAGCGAUGCAACCUUACCAUCACCAAUAUCCAUAUCCAGGUUAUAGUAUCUACGGUUAG